UGACUUUGUGUCGUGUUCCAGCUACUACAAAAGGCAAUAAUUACCAGUGAUCUGAACCAAGUCAAAGAAAUUAUUGCGAAAGGAUAUAAAUUAAGAUCUGCAAGCUUCGGCCUUCUUUCGUAUGCUAUUGAGUUUCAAAACUUGGAAAUGAUUAAAUUGUUAUUGGAUAACGGUGCCGUUGUGAAUUUCAAAAGCAGUUUUGGUGCAGUACCAUUAUGUGUAGCCAUAUACUACAGAUGUCCAAUUGAAAUUAUCAAACUGCUGAUAAGUCAUGGAGCGGAUGUAAAUCUAUUGGGAAAAUUUUCUUCCGAUACUUUACAAUGUACCCCACUUUCAUUGGCAAUAUUGUAUAAUGAUAAGCAAGUCGCUCAGUUAUUGUUAGAAAAUGGAGCAGACAUUAACAAAGAAAAUGAAGAUGGGACAAGCGCUCUCACACUUGCUAAAUCAUACAAUCAUUUAGAUUUCUUAAAAAAAAAUCCAGACGAUCAAUCACUUUCAACAUCUACUGAGACUUUCACAAAAAAAGAGCCGAUUCAACAGAAAUCCAUUUCAAAAAACCUAGAGGGCUGUACACCUUUAACUGCAGCCAUCUUGUCCGGAAAACUAGACGAAUCUAAAGCGCUUCUAGAACAAAAAGAAGAUCCUUGUAAAGCAGACUCCAACAAACAAACUCCUCUUCUUGCAGCAGUGCAGUCUAAAAAUCUCGAAGCUGUGAAACUUUUGCUAAAUUAUAAAGCAAAUUUAACGAUUCCGAGCGCUUUUCUCGAAGCUAUUAACUUGAAGUGUUUGGAGAUUGUUAAAUAUUUGUUAGAAAAAGGAGCCAAUGUCAAUAAAAAGUACCGUGACGGUUCCACACCCUUGAUAAAAGCUGUAGAAAGUGAAAAUUUGGCAAUUAUAGAAGAGCUUUUAAACAAUGGAGCCAAAGUGGACUUGGCUAAUAAUGAAGGAAAAACUGCAUUGAUGAUAUCAGCAAAUAAAAGAAGUAUUACCAUUGUGAGUCUUUUAGUCGAAGCAGGAGCUGAUGUUACUUUGGCACGAAAAGAACUUGAAGAAUUUGCAAAAGAUGAUGAAGAUUUUGACACCUAUUACGAAAACUUGAAAGAACAAAAGUCCAACAGAGAUUUUUACCUUGGAGCUAACGAAGCUGCAGACUAAACCAUGGGCUUGUGUUUCUUUAUAGUUUAUCAGAUCAUUAUUUUAUCUUUUAAAUAAAUGUUUACCCGAUUUA